AUGGAAUCCCUGGUGGAUGGGAACCACACUGCAGUGACAGAGUUCAUUCUAUUGGGCUUAACACAAGAUCCAGUCCUUCGAGUCAUCCUCUUCAUCAUCAUCCUGUGCAUCUAUCUGGUGACUGUAUCUGGAAAUCUCUGCACAAUCCUUCUCAUCAGAGUCUCCACCCAGCUCCACCAUCCCAUGUACUUUUUCCUCAGCCAUUUAGCUUUUUCUGACAUAAUUUUUUCAUGUUCUGUCACACCCAACAUGUUGGUUAACUUCCUAGUGGAGAGAAAUUUGAUCUCCUACCUUGGAUGUGCCAUCCAGCUUUGUACAGUCAUUUUCUUUGGGACAGUAGAGUGCUUCCUUCUGGCUGCCAUGGCAUAUGAUCGCUUUGUGGCUAUCUGUGACCCACUGCUGUAUUCAAUCAAAAUGUCCACACAAGUCUGUGUGCAGUUACUUGUAGUAACUUACAUAGGAGGUUUUCUUAAUGCUUCCUCUUUUACCUUUUCCUUCUUUUCAAUGCUCUUCUGUGGGCCAAAUAGAGUCAAUCAUUUUUUCUGUGAUUUUGCUCCUUUAGUUAAGCUAUCCUGUUCUGAUGUUAGUGUCCCUGCCAUUGUUCCCUCAUUUACUUCUGGCUCCAUCAUUGUGGUUACAGUGUUUAUAAUAGCUGUCUCCUAUAUCUACAUCCUCAUCACCAUCCUGAAGAUGCGCUCCACUGAGGGCCGCCACAAGGCCUUCUCCACCUGCACCUCCCACCUCACCGCGGUCAUUCUGUACUAUGGGACAGUUACAUUCAUUUAUGUGAUGCCCAAGUCCAACUACUCCACUGACCAGAACAAGGUGAUAUCUGUGUUCUACAUGGUGGUGAUCCCCAUGUUGAAUCCCCUCAUCUACAGUCUCAGGAAUAAUGAAAUUAAGGGGGCUCUGAAGAAAGAGCUUGGGAGGAGCUUGUUUUGUAGUAACAAUAACCUAUAG